GUGAUAACAUCGCGGCGCAGGUUUCCGGCUGACGUCUUGAUGACAAAUCUCUCCAUCGACAUUGAUGACGAUGCGGUCAUUACAAGCGGUACAACGUUUCGGAUGGAUGAGAAUAUGUUGUGAUUCAAGAGUCCAAAACAUCGCAUGCAUGUUAACACAAGGGCGUGUGUUGAUGGAGACGUAAAACCCACCGAGCAUUAUUCCACUCUCGCCGAGUCGCCGUCACUACCCGAACCCACACCAGCGUUGAACCGUCCACGGGAAUUGCUUCACCGGGAGAGGCGGGUCGACGUGGAGAACCCCAAGACAGUGGGUAAAGGAUGAGUCAUCUUCCCCAGUUCUUCGUGAUCGACGUUAUUUGUGGAGAGAUGCUCAUUGUUCGCCUCGCCAAGCCUGAUAGAAAUAAAUACCAACAUCCAGAACGAAAGAAGAGACAAAAGAUUCUCAAAACUUGAUCGCUUGUGUCCCAGAUCAUCUACCAAGAACAAAACAUCACCAUGUGCCCCAACACCGAUACCGUCGCCCUCCACGGCUGGACUGCCGUGCCUGUCGAUGCCGAUGCCAUCUUCGAAGGGAAGCCGUACCUCAACGAGCCAACUCCCGUCUCUCUCUCUGAUAUCGCCUGGCCAUCCGAUGACCCCAUUGUAGCCAAAGUCCAAGAAUACGCCAAGGAGAAGCUUCCCAUUGAGACCUACAACCACUCCAUGCGCGUCUUCCACUGGGCAACCAUAAUCGCCCGCCAACAAUUCCCCACCUACGCCUCCUCCCUCUCCCCCUCCACCCUCGCCCUCACCUGCCUCCUCCACGACAUCGGCACCACCCCCGCCGCCCGCGCCAGCACCCAACUCUCCUUCGAGUUCCAAGGCGGCUUCAUCGCCCUUAACCUAAUCCAGCACAAACUCGGCGGUGCGCAAUCCCAAGCCGAAGCCGUCGCCGAGGCCAUCAUCCGCCACCAGGACCAGGGAACCGUGGGCACCAUCACCUUUCUGGGGCAGCUGAUCCAGCUGGCGACUGUCUAUGAUAACAUGAGCGAAAUGCCGUAUUUGGUGCACCCGCAAACGAGGGAGGAGGUCGCGAGGACGUGGAAGAGGUGUGGAUGGUCCAGGUGUUUUAGUAAGGCGCUGAGAGCCGAGCUUGAGGAGAAGCCGUGGGCGCAUACGACGCAUUUGGGCAGUGAGAAGUUUCCGAACGGGGUUAGGUUUAAUAAGUUGAUGGAGGAGUAUGAUGCUUGGACAGAAUGAUUGGGGGUUGUAGGGAGAGGUAGAGAGUAGAGACUGUGUGUCUC